GAGCUACAAUGUCCACCCGUUCAAUUACUAGAGCCGUUUCGCCUUCUGCUUUUUGUGUGUUGUCAAUAAUAGUCAUCCAUCUUUCAUGAUUCUCCCGAAGACCUCAUGCUUCCUCCACUGUUCCACUUCUUCAGUAAAUAAAUAGUAAAGCGGCGAAUUGUGUCCGUGCUCCAGUAAUCGAUUCAUUGUUGACAUUGUAAAUCCAUCUCCAUGGAAUCCGCAGAAAGUUCAUUGGAGCGACAUCCUUCUUCGCCAUCGUCUCAUCAUUCUGCGAUAUUCGACAAAGAUCGCCAUAUCACGUUCCUUCAGAUGAUGUACCAGUUACUGCCACCUCCCUACCAGCUCCAAGAGAUCAAUCGCCUUACCCUCGCUUACUUUGUCAUCUCUGGACUUGACAUCCUUGGGGCUCUCGAUCGGGUUGACAAGGAUGCUGUUGCCAAUUGGGUUUUGUCUUUGCAAGUUCGCCCUAGAAACAAGGCAGACAGACACAGUGGACAAUUCUUUGGUUUUCUUGGUUCCAGGACUUCACAGUUUCCUCCAGUUGUUAAUCGGGAUUUACUUCCCAACAAUAGUCACUUGGCAAGUACUUACUGUGCCCUUGCCAUACUGAAAAUUGUUGGUUAUAAACUGUCCAACAAUGACUUUGAAUCAUUAUUGACAUCAAUGAGAAAUCUUCAGCAGCCUGAUGGAAGCUUUAUGCCUAUCCAUACUGGGGCUGAAACAGAUCUGAGAUUCGUAUAUUGUGCAGCUGCCAUCUCAUUCAUGUUGGAUGACUGGAGUGGCAUGGACAAGGAGAGAGCCAAGGAUUACAUAUUACACUGUCAGUCUUAUGAUGGUGGCUUUGGAUUAGUUCCUGGCGCAGAAUCACAUGGUGGUGCAACUUAUUGUGCUAUUGCUUCUCUCCGAUUAAUGGGAUUUCUUGAAGAUGAUCUUCUCUCUGGUUCUGCCAUGUCUUCUGUGAUAGAUGUGCCAUUGCUGCUGGAUUGGCUUGUGCAGAGGCUGGGGACUGAUGGUGGUUUUCAAGGUAGACCUAAUAAAGUUAGCGACACGUGUUAUGCAUUUUGGAUUGGAGCAGUUCUGAGGAUUUUGGGGGGCCACAAAUUCAUUGACAAAGGAGCUCUUCGUGGAUUUCUGCUUGCUUGUCAAUCUGAGUAUGGCGGGUUUGGUAAAGUUCCUGGAGAGCUUCCAGAUCUGUACCACUCUUACUAUGGAUUUACUGCUUUCGGUCUUUUGGAAGAACCUCAUUUGCUAUCACUUUUCUCUGAACUGGGAAUAACAGGACGUGCUGCAAUGGAAGUUUGAUUUCUCAAUUUCUAGGCUCUGAUGUGCCCUGCUGUUCAAAUGUCAAUCAAUUGCUUUGGUCAAUAGAUUUUUUUUUAUUUCUUUAUUUUUAAAUUUAGGUGAAGAUGUAAGCCUACCACCUUGAUUUAAGUGUAUUCACUGUAUGAUUUUUAUUUCAUAUUGCAAGAUUUAUGGGGUGCAUAAUGCACAUGA